GUCAACUUGUCCUCGACAGGACUCACUACUCAGUCCGAACCAAGCGUAAAUCUCAAAGAACGAUCCAUCUAUAUAGACAAAGCUCUCACACUCUCUCUAAACGGUUCAUGGCGAUACUGCAGAGAAGAGCGCCGAUGUUGAAACCUAAUUUUCUCUCCCUUGUCCUUACUCUCUCUCUUCUUGUCGCGAUUUCAUCAGCGGGAGUCAUCUUUGAAGAGCGCUUCGAAGAUGGAUGGGAGAAUCGAUGGGUCAAAUCCGACUGGAAGAAAGAUGAGAACAUGGCUGGAGAGUGGAAUUACACCUCUGGCAAAUGGAAUGGAGACGCUAACGAUAAAGGCAUCCAGACCAGUGAAGACUACAGGUUCUAUGCCAUAUCUGCUGAGUUUCCUGAAUUCAGCAACAAGGGUAAAACCUUAGUAUUUCAAUUCUCCGUCAAACAUGAGCAGAAGCUCGACUGUGGGGGUGGAUACAUGAAAUUGCUCAGUGGUGAAGUGGAUCAGAAGAAAUUUGGUGGUGACACUCCAUACAGCAUAAUGUUUGGACCAGAUAUUUGUGGUUACAGCACUAAGAAAGUCCACGCAAUUCUAACAUACAAUGGUACAAAUCAUCUGAUCAAGAAAGAAGUCCCUUGUGAGACUGACCAACUAAGUCAUGUCUAUACUUUUAUCCUUCGGCCUGAUGCUACUUACAGCAUCCUCAUAGACAAUGUGGAGAAGCAGUCUGGUAGCUUGUACUCAGAUUGGGAUCUCCUCCCACCAAAGGAGAUCAAGGAUCCUGAGGCAAAGAAGCCCGAAGAUUGGGAUGAUAAGGAAUACAUUCCUGACCCUGAAGACAAGAAGCCAGAGGGUUAUGAUGACAUUCCAAAGGAGAUUCCAGAUCCUGAUGCCAAAAAGCCUGAGGACUGGGAUGAUGAGGAGGAUGGUGAGUGGACUGCACCAACCAUUCCCAACCCUGAGUACAAGGGCCCAUGGAAGCCAAAGAAAAUCAAGAACCCCAACUACAAAGGCAAAUGGAAGGCACCAAUGAUUGAUAACCCUGACUUCAAAGAUGACCCAGAUCUCUAUGUUUACCCGAAGUUGAAGUAUGUAGGAGUUGAGUUGUGGCAGGUGAAAUCUGGGACCCUGUUCGACAAUGUCUUGGUAUGUGAUGAUCCUGAAUAUGCUAAGCAGCUAGCCGAAGAAACAUGGGGCAAGCAAAAAGAUGCUGAGAAGGCUGCAUUUGAUGAGGCAGAAAAGAAGAGAGAGGAGGAGGAAUCAAAGGAUGAUCCAAUUGAUUCCGAUGCUGAGGACGGAGACGAUGAUGCAGAAGACAAUGAUACCGAUGACGACUCCAAAUCAGACUCAACGGAAGAUGAAGCCACCUCAGUGGAUGAUGAUGCACAUGAUGAACUAUAAGGUGCUUAUAUAUAUGGUGUUUUCUGCCCACAGCAGUUAGCAUUUGAGAGUUUUUCCAUUUCUACUUAUAUUCUUUGGCUGUAGCUUUUUGUUUUAGGGAAAAGAAAGGCUGCAUGAAACAUUUGUGGCUUAAUUGCUUUGAUUUCUCGUGACCCAGACAACAGAACUAAAAGAGAAACAUGUUUCGUUGUUUUAGAUUUAUAAAUUUGUUAAGAACAUAUGACGCUACUCCAGUGUUGUGAUUUAUUUUACUUUUAUAACAUUUUUAACCUUCGCAAAAGCACU